AUGAGGAAAAAAAAGUCCAGAGGACAGAUCACAGUGACUCAGCCUGGAGCAGUGAGCUCUGCUGUGGGAGGAUCUGUGAGCAUCAAGUGUAGGACCAGUCAGAAUGUUUAUGCUUCUGGAAGUACACACUAUUUAGCCUGGUACCAACAGAGAGAUGGAGAAGCUGCUAAACUGCUCAUUCACUCUGCUAGCACUCGAUAUUCAGGGACUUCAGAUCGUUUUACAGGCAGUGGAUCAAACUCUGACUUCACUCUGACCAUCAGUGGAGUCCAGGCUGAAGAUGCAGCAGUUUAUUACUGUCAGAGUCUUCACUAUCCUAACAGUCAGUAUGUGUUCACACAAGUCCAGAGGACAGAUCACAGUGACUCAGCCUGGAGCAAGUCCAGAGGACAAUAUACAUUGACUCAGCCUGGAGCAGUGAGCUCUGCUGUGGGAGGAUCUGUGAACAUCAAGUGUAGGACCAGUCAGAAUGUUUAUAACAACAACUGGUUAGCCUGGUACCAACAGAAAGAUGGAGGCGUUCCUAAACUGCUCAUUUAUGCUGCUAGCACUCGACAAUCAGGGAUUCCAGCUCGUUUUACAGGCAGUGGAUCAAACUCUGACUUCACUCUGACCAUCAGUGGAGUCCAGGCUGAAGAUGCAGCAGUUUAUUACUGUCAGAGUUGGCACUAUCCUAACAGUCAGUGGGUGUGCACACAGUGAAAAACAGUCGUACAAAAACCUCCCUCAGUCAGACUGAACAGAAA